AUGCUCGUCUCUCUCACUGUCGGCAAGGUCGACGCCGGCGUUACUGUUCUUCUGACACCGGACAAGCGCUUGAUCGAAUUCCCAUCUAUCCUCCUCCCUCCCAACAUCUCGUCAGGCAGCAUCGUCGACAUCAACGUUUCGCAGAACGCGACCAAAGAAGCUGCUGCCGAUCGCGCAUUCCGUACCCUCCAAGAGAGCAUCUACAACUCAUUUGGCGCCUCCGAGCCUACAACCCCAGUGCUGCGGUGCCGCAAUGCCACCCAAACCUCGGUCGUUCUUGAGUGGGAUCCUAUUCAGCUUGCCACCGCCGACCUUAUUUCUUUGAGUCUCUACCGAAAUGGCCAGAAAGCUGGGAAUAUCCCUCGCCCAUUACAGAUGCACAGCACAAAGAUUAGCGGCCUCGCUGUUGAUACAGAGUAUACCUUCCACCUGGUCCUGCGCACAAGCGCCGGCACCUUCAUCAGUGAGCGCGUCUCCGUGAGGACACACAAAAUGACGGACCUAAGAGGUAUUACGAUUACUACCGGUAUUCUGCCUAGUGCCGUCAGGGACAGCUUGACAAAUGCGGUUGAGCGCAUCGGGGCCAAGAUUGUUGAUGGCGUCCGCAUUGACACGACGCAUUUUGUGACCACUGAGGGACGUGGGCAGCAAUGGGAGAAAGCUGUCGAGAGCAACAUUCCUGUCGUACGGCCCGAAUGGGUUGAGGCUUGCGAAAAGGGUGGCCGCAUCCUAGGUGUUACCAAAUUCUAUCUUGAUGCGAUGAAGCCAGGCCCCCCAGCCGAGGAAGCUUCACCUCCACCUCCUCCAGAGAAGGGGGAGAAGAGCCUACCCGUGCCCCCUGCUCACAACGGUGAGCAGGCAUCUUCAUCAGAUGAAAAGCUAGACGAGAAGGCCAAGGAGAAGGAGGAAGAGGACGUGCAAAGGAACGGCGGAAAGCAGAGCUCCAGCGGUAGUAGCACUGAAAGCGGAGAAGAAGAAGAAGUCGAGAUUGAGCAAAAGACGAAGACGUCGCCACAAGAGGAACAAAAGGUGCGAUUCGAGGACAAAGAGGAGCAGAAGGUUGCCCUACGACCCGCCAAUAAUGGUGAAUCAAGUAAACCCGAACGCGAUGAUAAGCAAGAAGCGUCAGAUGGCGACGCAGAGGAUGAGUCAAACGCGAAGACCGCACCUACACCAGAUGGAGCAUCCUUCCAGGAAGUGGAGCUAUAG